AUGGUGAAUUCGGAAUACGCCACUACAAGUCGUGGCUGUUCAGUAACUGCCCUUUCUCCUUAUAAUAUUUGUUACGUAGCGAAGCAAUUGGAGUUUUUGGAAUAUUCUCAACCACCGGUAAGCGACGAGUUGAUUCGUUUAUAUUUACGGCUGUUUAUGAUAUCACAUUUCUCCUCAUGUCCAUCCAUCCCAACGUUAUCAUACAGUUCUCCGAUUGACAUGUUCCAGACUAAUAUUUCGAGUGAUUGCUCCAUUAUUAAUGUGUUCACGUGGAAGACUGUGCAGAGAGAGGACAGCAUGAUUCACAUAAACGUACCUGAUACUCAAACUUUGGUAGAAAAAGACGGAAUAACCAAAUAUACGGCAUUCAACAUCCAUAUCAAUGGUUGGUUUCACGCAGCAGUCCGGUUUAGUCACUUGUAUCAAGUCGCUGAAAUGAUUAAACAAAGGUUUGGCUCAAAGUACAAUGGUCCCGAUUUUCCUCCCAAAAAACUGUUUCAUCUGGAUGAGAAGCAGAUAGAAGACCGUCGAAACAAAAUUUCGAAGUAUCUGAGUACAUUGGUCCAGAACACAGAUAUCAUACGGAGUUCAUUGGUAGAAAAAAAGUUUUUGGAACUUCAAGUGAACUUCUUCCGAACUACAAGCACUCAUGUAUCCGUCGAUAUCUAUUUAGGAGAUGGAGAACGUAUAGUCGUUAAAUGUAAUAUCGAUUCACCUACUAAUGUUGUCUUACGACAAUUAUCCGAUCAACUGGGCAUUAAGGACCCUGAAAUCUUUUUAUGGAACUUCGGAUUGUUUAUGGCUUGUCCCAAAGACACGGAUGGCAUUGAUUUCAAUGUCCUUUGUGUACGUUUUCUACGGAAUUUCGAAUCACCUUAUAUAAGCUUACAAACGGCGAACAUGAAAUCGACGGGUCAUGGCAUACAUCAUAAGUUGGUUCUUAGAAAAUUGAUUUGGGACCCACGAAUAGAAGAAGCUCUCUUUGAAGAUAGCACUCUCACUAAACUAUUAUACAAACAAGCGAAAAAUGAUUUUCUAGUCGGCAAUUUUGAAGCUGUACGUUCAGAUAUCGUUGAUCGUCUCCGAAGUUGUGAAAAGAACGAAGAUCAUAUUCAGUUCUUACGACUUUGUCAUUUACAACCUUCAUAUUCCUAUGAAAUUCUUGCUGACUGCUUCUCUGAUAAUCCAAGACCAAAUACCAGGUGUUCAAUCAAGAUAGGAAGAAGGCAGUUAGUGCUCGGAUUUGAGAAUGGGGAAGAGGCUAUAUACAGAGCGACCCGCAUUCGUGUUUGGAGAAUAAGCCCUCCGGAAGAGGACGGACCAAUGAUAUUCCAAUUCGAGUACCUGAUGGCAAAAGAUGACUUUGAAUGGGUCACUCUCUAUACUGAUCAGGCAAUAAUCCUGAGUCUUCUGCUUCAAUGUGUCGGAACGGAAAUCUUGCAGGAGCAUCGAAACAUGUCGAUUGAACAACAACUCAUGACGAACGGUGGUGGCUCCGGCAUGUCAGUGUUUCUGGAACCUUCCAAAGCUCCACUAAUUCUAAAGCCAACAUUGAGUGUUCCUGAAGAUGAUUUUGUUGAAACAGAAACCAAUAUUAUGCCAAACACUUCUAGUCAAACUGAACGGAAGACUUCUUCACAUUCCAUUUAUAGUUUACGUUCAGCAAAAUCAGCCAUAACAUCCAUUGAAGAAACAUCAUCAUUAGAUCGUGGUGAUCCUCUAGGUGUUGCAGAUCUGUAUGACACAUCAAAUGAUAUGUUUACAACAAUCUCAGAUGCUUUACCAUUGCAUAAUUCAGCAUUUGCCAAUAUAACAGAUGAUGAUUUGUAA